UGCAGAACCCUGCGCCACUUUGGAAGAGCUCACAACACAGGAGACUUUUUUAUGUCAUUUUAUCCCUGAACAAAUCAAAAAUAUGAAUUCAUAAACCUUCCUAUAUGCAGACAGCACUCUGCUCCACAGCUUAAAUUCAAAUUUUCAGCCCGCUUUUAAACAGUUUUUAAACUUGAAAGGCAACUUGCAUUCAAUUCUUUCAAACUGUAAUCCACUGGAUGUAAGAAUAUGAUUGUUGUGAGUUAGUUCUUGCAGCUGUACAGAAGUUCCCGGUGAGGAGCAGCAUCGGCUGAGGGGAGGGAAGGCUGCUGUGUCCCAGCCCUCUGCAUCCAGCUGCUGCGUCGCUCCGCAGCACUAGUGCGCCACUUUCACCAUGGCUUUAGCCGCAAGCAGGACGCUCUUGGCGCUAUUCGUUACGUUUUGCGCACCGGGAUGCGGAUGGACAGCAGAGAAACCCCUACGGCCCCAAAAUGGGAAGCAAACAUCUGUGGACAGGAGCCUGAGGGAGAGCUGGGAGCCUUCCAUCCAUCUGGACGGGAGACCUGUGGACCGCUUCAUCAUCAGCUCCAGCAAACCCCCGAGGUCAAACCGCUUCAGCAAAGGGAGCAAGGACAGCCGCUCUCCUCUGCUGGAGGAUGUAGACCCUGAAUGGGUUAACCUGGAUGGCUUUGCUGUGUUGAGCGGUGCACCUGUCAGCAACUCAUCAGCAGGUCCAGUCAGGUCUUCAAAACCUGCAGCCAGAAACCAUUCCACUGUACAGCGGGCAACCAGGGUGGACAGAACGGCUCACCCAUCGGGCAUCUCAACUACCAGGUCACACAGCAGGGCACCUCAGUCCUCAUCAGGGCCCAGGCAGCCAGAAAGAGCUUUGACAGGAACCCCUCUGCUGGAAAGGAGACGGCAACACUACACCAAGCCUCAGUCGGACCAGAGAAAACGGCACACGCAAAAACUAACAUCUGAGUCCGUUCAUGUGGUGUCACUGCAGGCACAGAAGGCCCAGGGCCAGAGUUCACCCGCCAGCAGAGCAGUCGCAACCAAAACAACCGAACCAGUGCCACCUGAAUAUGAGGCCAAGGACAUCAGUGUCAGGGUCAUGUCUCCUCAGUCAGUCCUCAUCUCCUGGGUUGACCCUGCCGUCGAGAUGGGGAAAGUUGCCCCUGGGACGUCCAGAUCAUACACGGUUAGGUACAGGGAGAAGGGUGAGUCAGCACGCUGGGAGUACAAGGACAGCACCCAGAGGAGGAUGAUGAUAGACACCCUGUCUGCUGACGGCAUGUAUGAGUUCUCUGUCAGAAUCUCUCAGGCUGAAAAUCAUGGCAAGUGGAGUGUCUCAGUCUUCCAGAGGACUCCAGAGUCAGCACCAUCUGGGUCACCUGAGAACUUCGAAGUGAAGCCGCUACGAGGAAAAGGCACUGCUGUCAUAGCAACAUGGGAUCCACCUGAAGAACCCAAUGGGAGGAUCAGAGAAUACAUCUUGUCUUAUGCCCCUGCAAUGAAGCCAUUUGGAAUGAAAAGCAUCACGUACCGAGGAAGCACCACCACAGCCACAGUAGAUGGCCUCACACCUGGAGACCGUUACAUUUUCAAGAUUAGAGCCACCAAUCGGAGGGGACAGGGACCACAGAGCAAGGCCUUCAGUGUUGCCAUGCCAGGAUCCAGCAGUGCGGCCUCAUCAUUCUCAAAAACCAAAGACAGCUCAAGGACUAGCCACACUCAUUCCAAACAGGAUACCGACCAUGAAGAAUCCGACCUCCAAUCCACAGAGGUGCCAGAAGAACCGACCACACCACCCCCACAGCGUCCUGCUGCACCGGUCAACAGGCGUGUCCGUCCACUUUCCCAGACACGCUCCUAUCACAGCAUCUUCUCCUCUGUCAGGGGCUCAGUUAGGAAUACCGUGAACAGAGGGUCAAACAGAGGAAGAGGCAGAGAAGAGGCGGAAGAAGAAGAGAAAAUACCUACAACACCACCUCCAGCAGAGGAGACAACAACCAUGGAAGUCAUGCCAGAGACAGAAGAAGCAGGCAACAACGUUUCCCCUGACACUGAGGAUGAUGUGGAUUAUGAUGAUGAGCUCCUGACUACUGAAACUCCCAGUCUCAAAGUUGUGACACCUUCCCCAACUAAGCCUGCACCUCCUCGUGCUAAUCCACCAAAGAGACGGCCAAUUAAGAUCAGAGUCCAUCAAAAAGCAGGAUCUAAGGAUUCUUCCUCAUCCUCAUCCACUGGUUCAUCUUCAUCUUCAUCCUCCUCGUCUUCUGCUACCUCAUCUUCUUCAUCCGAUUCCUCUUCAUCUUCUUUCCCUUCUUCUUCCUCUUCAUCACCUUCCACAAUGUCAUUAUCUUCUUCCUCACAUAUUCAAGAGUCAGCAGCCAGUAGGAAGGACUAUGUAGCCUCCACAUACCCAGAGACCAAAAACAUCUAUGAUAAAUCCAGCAUGACACAUGCAAAACCCUCCACAACAGUUGUAAAAGAAACCAAUUCACAGCAGACAGACACUUCCCCAGUAGGUAGAGGUUCUGCUUCAGCAGGACGCACCAGUGGGUCUAGUUUUAGUUCUAGAUUUGGUUAUGGUCGAAGACAUCCUGGAACUUUGUUGAGAGGGAAUUCGACCCGCAUCCUGAAUGGUUUUAAACCUGCCCACACCUCACAGUCAAAUUCUCUAAGCAGAACCCAGAGCCAAGUAACAUCAAACACACGAAAUUCAGCAACAUCACAGUCCACUUUAUCAGAUAGGACUCAAAACCAUGAAACAUCAAAUACUUUCAGUCCAACAACAUCAAGAUCAACGUCAGGAGGCACUUCCAACAGCAGGGCAACCUCAGAUUCAUAUAAUGCUGAAAAAUCACAGUCCACGUCAGAGUCUAGGUCUCGUGGCUCUACAGCUCUGCAAGGCACUUAUCCAUCCACUUCACACAGCAACACAAAUAGUCGUUCCACUGCAGACACAUCAAGGUUUUCUCAGUCCACUUCUCAAAGAGGAUCUCAUGGCUCUGCAACUUCACAGGAUAUACAAAAUUCCCAGACUUCACAUACGUCACCAGAGCAAGACACGUCAUACAGAGAAGGAAAUGAUGACAAUAAUUACAAAAACACACAGAGAGAAGUAAACAAAGCUGAGGAGCCUACUUUAAGCUCUAUAAAACAACCUGCAGAGGAGGAGACUAGGGAAGAAGAGGGGAGGGAUGGAGGCACAAAUGAAAAGCCUGCAGUUUCUCGUACUAGAAUUAGUUCUUCGUUUGCUGAAAGAUUCCCUUGGCUAGCUAAUCGUUACCCAGGCAGAUUUGGUUUAGGUACGAGGACGUCAUCUCCCAGGCAGGAAGGUAGGACUCCGUUUACCCGGGUGUCAUCCUCUGUAGGGGCUGGCAGACCAAUUCUGAGGGGGACACCCACAAGGGUCGCAGGAGCAACGGGUGCUGAAGGAGUGUCCUUGAUACAGGAGACUAGUGAAGAUCUGAGGACUCCUUCUGCUCAUGACUCACUAAAGAAUGAGUUUGGAGUGAAUUCAGUGAAGCCUUCACUGACCAAUCAAAAUGCAGAAUCUAGUGACACUAGAAACCCAGCUACCUCAUCUUCGUCAUCCUCCUCCUCAGCAUCCACCUCUUCAAAUUCUGAUUCCCAUCAUUCCUCGAAUGGACGCAGUGACUCCAACCAUAGAGGAACCUCAAGUGGAAAUGAUAAUGAUCGUAUGAAGGAUUAUCUUGGUGAAAGGAAUAAAGAAAUCAGUGGGAGAAAUGGUAAAGUUGCAGACCCCACAGCAGCUCAAAAGAAUCCUACUAUAACUUCAGCUGAUCCACACAGAAAUGGAGAAGACAAUGAGAGUGUGGUUAAUAGGGAAACCUCAUCCAGAACAAGAUCUGGCACUUCCUCUGGAUUCAACCCAACUUAUCGCCGUCCUGGUGUAGGGAUAAAUGGGAGGGUGCGCUCUCCUGUUUUGGGUAACAGGCAGUUUGGAGGAUCUAGGCUUCCCAUCAAACCACAACCAGCACAAAACUCUAGACUUGGCUCUUCAACAUCUGAUUCCUCCUCACCAUCAUCUGGUUCUUCUUCUUCCUCAAGUUUGCCUCAGCCAGUGUUGACCUCUGAUCGGGAUGGUGGCACUGCGGUGUCGAGGACAGGAGGAUUCGUUGAUGGCAGCUCUCAAUCCACAUCGUCAUCUUCAUCACUGUCAUUGUCAUCGUCUUCAUCAAGAGACAGUUUUAGGAGCAAUGGGGACAGGCCUCGCUAUCCCAUUAGCAGAGGGAAACCAAACAAUGGAGCAGGACUCAAACCUGGCAAUGGAAAUGGUAAAGUCAGUUGGUAUGUGCAUGUGAUUAAAAGUUGUUGACAGAUUCUGUUUUACACAAAAGGUGCAAGUACCUCCUCCUGGAGCCUUUAAAUGAUAGACAAUGUGUGAUAAUAUGAUCCCUAACUAUCUUUGUAAUGCAGUGGCUCUGCCUAAAUUCUGUUAUAAUUAGG